UGUCUGUCUGUCUGUCUGUCUGUCUGUCUGUCUGUCUGUCUGUCUGUCUGUCUGUCUGUCUCUCUGUCUGUCUCUCUGUCUGUCUCUCUGUCUGUCUCUCUGUCUCUCUGUAAGACGUGUUUGAAGUAGCUCUGCAAAAAUUAUUUUAUUUUUUUCUUCAACACAACAAAGUGUACUUAAAUAGUUAAAGUUUUCAAAGUAAUAUGAACAGGUAUCUUGAUUACGACGAAGAAAAUGAUUUCUUCACCUGGGGUGGAACAGCGAAUGAUUUGAAAUGCUUUGUGAACUCGGUUCUGGAAAUUGACGAAGCAAACGAAGAUGGCGAACUCAAAGAAGACAAAAAACACAAUGCUGUUACGUACAAGUUAACGAAUUGCUCGAUAAGAUUUUAUUCCACAACGAAUAAACUGGUCUUAUUUGGCGCGAAUCAAGCCGUGUUGUUAGAAAAACUCGGCAAUAUUUACAGAGAAAAUAAAGAUUUUCAACCCCACCCUUCUUCCCCGACUACGCAAAAUAAUGGCGGCAACGUCGAAGGAAAUCACAUUGAUCAUGAAGUCAUUCAAUCCUCAGAUGUUAUUAAUGCAACGUCUCACAGUAACGAAGCUUCGCUACUUGUUCUUGGUUCUUCUGACGAGUCUGGAGAAGCAAACUUAAUUCCAACAAUUGAUAUCUGCAACGAAGUUAUGACUAUUAGUGAUACAAAAGACAAUUAUAGUGUGAUCCUAAAGGAACUGUCUUUAAUAAAAUCAGAAAUGCGUGAGAUCAAGGAAAAGUGUUUACAAAAUAACAUGAACAACGAGACACAGUCCUUUGACUCGCUUGAAAAAAGCAAUAGUGAUCUACUACACUGCCGCAUGGAAAACAGAGACUUAAAAACAAAAAUAAAAAUACAAGAUGAAUAUGUAAGACGACUUGAAGAGGAGAGAGCAAGUCUUGUGACAACAAUUAACUUGCUCAUGCGAGACCAAAGUGCUUCCGUUGCUGAAAAACUUCCAAGUAAUUGCGAAAUUCAACGCGUGAACAACGACGAAGAUAAAAACAAGAAAAAUAAGAAAAAGAAAAGCAACAAGGACAAACAAACCAUUCCUACUGCUGAUAAAGGAAAAGUCCAACAAGACAAAUCGCAGGACGACGAAAAUUCAAUCUCUACGGAAACCGGUGUUGGUCCUAACGACGAGAAUCGAACAAAUACAGUCAUAAUGGGCGACUCGAUUAUUUCCAAAUUGGCUGGAUGGAAAAUGUCUGACAAAUCGAACAGAACAACUAUUCGUUCAUUCCCCGGGUCUAGAGUUGAGGACAUGGCUGAUUACGUCAAACCAACACUCAAGUGGAAACCAGACAAUAUCAUUCUGCAUACUGGUACAAACAACCUGCGUACUGAUGAACCACUCGAUGUAGCCGAGAAAAUUGUAAAGAUCUGUGAACAGAUCGAACAACGAUCACCAAAAACUACAGUGGCUAUAUCGGAAUUAACUGCCCGGCACGAUUCCAUUGAACUUGAUCAAAAGCGGAGAGAGGUUAAUAAAAUCAUCCAUUCAUUCGCCAAAUCCCGAAACUGGAAAAUAAUUUCGCAUGAAAAUAUAGACUCGAACUGUCUAAACAAAAGGAAAUUACAUCUUAAUCCGCGUGGAACAAUCAGCUUAGCAAAAAAUUUUAAAAACUAUUUGUCUAAUUUAAAUAAUUGAGAUAGAGAUAGAAGCGAUGAUGUUUAUAUGGCUGACAAACUUGAUCUCCCACAGGUAAGAGGUUUUAAAAUGGUCUCAUUAAAUAUAGCCAGUUUACCAUUACACAUUGACGAAUUUCGAACAUGGCUUGACAACAAGAACAUAGACGUAAUAGCACUUAACGAAACAAGACUGGACAACACUUUGUCCACAAACCAACUUAAAAUAAACAACUAUGAACUUGUUAGAAAAGACCGAAAUCGCUAUGGGGGAGGAGUAUGUAUAUAUAUAAAAAGUCAUAUCAAUUAUAGAGUUCGACAUGAUUUAAUUAAUCCAGAUAUUGAAGCUAUAAUUAUCGAAAUUAUAAAACCAAACAGCAAACCAUUUGCGAUUGUUGCAUCGUAUAGGCCACCGGAAUUUUCUCCUGAGUUAUUCUUUGACCAAAUGACGACUAUAAUCAAACAGCUUGAGCACGAGUCAAAAGAUAUAUUUAUAUUCGGUGAUUUAAACUGUGACUUAUUAAGCGACAGGUCUCACAGGGCAACUUCGCUUUUAAAUUCAUUUGCGCAAAUUUAUCAGCUUCAGCAACUUAUUGACGAACCUACAAGAUGCAGUGCAAGCACCAGAACAUUAAUUGAUGUUGUUUACACAAAUUGUCCUAGUAAAGUGGCUGCAUCUGGUGUUAUACGCUUAGGAAUAAGUGACCAUGAUCUUGUUUAUGCCAUACGGAAAGUAGCUAUAAAGCCUAUGAUGAACAAACGUAUGCAUAAAGUGGUCAAUAUAAGAAAUAUGAAAAAUUUUAAUGUUGAUAGCUUUAUAAAUGACCUAAGUAAUCUUCCCUGGUCAAAUUUAGAUUGUCUUUUAAAUGUUAACGACCGGUGGGAUUUAUGGAAAAAUAUAUUCAUGACUGUAGUAGAUAAACAUGCGCCAUUCAAAAGCAAGCGAGUACGAAAUAAAAACAAUCCUUGGAUGACUCCUGAAAUAAAAACACUUUUGAUAAAUCGUGACAAACUAAAAAGAAAAGCGGUGAUUUCUAAUGAUACAGAUAAUUGGCUUCAAUUUAAACUUGCCCGAAAUAAGUGUAAUAAUAUGCUGAAAGAAGCAAAAAGAGAUUACUAUCACCGGUUGAUUGCAGUCAACAAAGGAAAUACCAAAGAAAUUUGGAAUACAAUAAAUGAGCUAAUGUCCCGAAGCUCGAAAUCUCAAAAUAUUUCUUCUCUUUUAAUAAACAAAAAAGUAGUCACAAACAAUACUGAAAUAGCUGAAUGUUUAAACCAAUAUUUUGCUGAAAUAGGG